AUGAUGGUGAAUCGGUUCGGCAUGGGUAAGACGGUGACGGUGAAGCGGUUCGGUCGGCUCGAUGGAGGUGAUGCAAGUGACGAUAGAGUCUCAAAUAUAUUCGAAUUUGCUCCUGCUGCCAUUUUGGGCGCUCCCCCGGUACCGGUACUUAUCUUGCAACCCCCUCCUAUCUUUCUACAUACUAAUAGUGAGAUGACAUCCCGUAACGUUAAUCAGGCCUCAAAAGCUUCAUUUGAUGAUCGGGUUCAAGAUGGUUGCUCUCUUUUAGCAAUCAAUCUAGUUCUUCAUGCCUCUGGUGCUCCUCCUAGCUUCACAGAAUCUCCGAAGGAUUCAGCCCAAAGAGGAGAGUCAACGCGCAGCCACAGGCUUGACAACCACACCAAAAUUAUAUUAGCUUUUACCGAUCGGCACGUGACGUUGCCUGAAUUCGCACUCUACCGCGGCAAUGGGGCUGCUAAUGACUUUCUAAUAGUUACAAAGAUGAAGUCCCUAUUGUUUGUCCAAUCUCAGGGUGCGUCCAGCAACCCAGGGGUUACAAUCCUUGCUUCGGGAAGCACUCGGGUCGAUGUUAUUCCAGGGGAGAUAGGACGGAGUGACCAGAUCGUGGUUUGUCCCUGUGGCGGCAGUAUGGUGGCCAGGUCAAACAGUCCUGUUGGACAGAAUUAG